GUCCUGUCUCUUUAAGGUGGCCGGAGCUCGCAGGCGCCGCGCGGAGGGACUGCGCGGAGGCGCGGCCUGCCUCUCUCGCACGUCUCAGCGGCGCGCGCCCCCGGGCUAGACCGUCCAGCCGGGGAACCUGGGCCAGGCAGCCUAGCGGUGCCGCAGCGCACGGUGAGCGGAAGAGGGCCGAGUGUAGCGUCUGCGGCCGGGAGAGUCUGGUCUUGAGCUCCGGCCUCCAGAGGCGGUGGGCCGCGCCGGUUACUUGGGAGCCAGGAGAAACGAAGCUGAUCGCCCGUGGCCUGAGCUCCGCCUACGCGGAGGACAAAGUGGGGUGCCACCUCCGCUUCCUGGGAGUUACUGAUUGUCUUUGAAGAAACAUGAAGUCACAUUCUGUUGUUAUGCUUACUCUGGCCUUCAUGGUGUUCCUGACAUGGAUCCCUGUGUCACUGAGUUGUAACAAAGCACUCUGUGCUAGUGAUGUGAGCAAAUGCCUCAUUCAGGAGCUCUGCCAGUGCCGACCUGGAGAAGGAAAUUGUUCUUGCUGCAAGGAGUGUAUGCUGUGUCUUGGGACCCUUUGGGAUGAGUGCUGUGAUUGUGUUGGUAUGUGUAAUCCUCGAAAUUAUAGUGAUACACCUCCAACUUCAAAGAGCACGGUGGAGGAGCUUCAUGAGCCAAUCCCUUCUCUCUUCCGGGCACUCACAGAAGGAGACACUCAGUUGAAUUGGAACAUCGUUUCCUUCCCUGUUGCAGAAGAACUUUCCCAUCAUGAGAAUCUAGUUUCAUUUUUAGAAACUGUAAACCAACCACACCACCAAAAUGUGUCUGUUCCCAGCAAUAAUGUUCAUUCACCUUACUCCAGUGACAAAGAACACAUGUGUACUGUGGUUUAUUUCGAUGACUGCAUGUCCAUACAUCAGUGUAAAAUAUCCUGUGAGUCCAUGGGGGCAUCCAAAUACCGCUGGUUCCAUAAUGCCUGCUGCGAGUGUAUUGGCCCGGAAUGUAUUGACUAUGGUAGUAAAACUGUCAAAUGUAUGAACUGCAUGUUUUAGAGAAGGCGAAGAAAUAGAAACCAAAGCAAUUGAGUAAAAAAAAAAGUAUGAAAAGCUAUUUUCUGAGCUGGUUAAAUCAGAAUGCCAGCAGGUUAAGAAGAUAUAAAUAACUUGUGCUGAGUUACCUUUAAAAUAUGUCAAAUCCAGCAAUGUGUUAAAUUAUGAUAACUGAUCAUAUUGAUUUUACUGUCCACUAGCAAUAAGCCCCUUCCUCUUUACACAUGUACAGCUUUGGUUGUAUGAGAAGCAUUUGCACAGAGAACACCUUGAAAAUUCUGAGGUUUCUAACAUAAAGCCUGAUGUCAUUUUCUUCUAACAUUCCAAAAGUGUUUUGUUUUGGAAGUGUUAGAGCAUGCUGACGUAAGUUAUGAUUUCUUCAUGCACUACUCCUAGGACACUGAGUUUUUAUAGUUGUAUGCCAUUCUCCACUGCCUUGUAUUGCUUAUCUGUUCUGUAAAUAGGGUAGAUACUGAAAUAUGUUACCCUGAAACCCAUUAAAAUCAGCAUAGAAAGCUUAAUUUCAAACCUUUUAAUGUUGGUUUUAGAAAGUAAAUGCUUACUAUGUUUUACAAUUUAAAAUUUGAACAUAGAAUCCAUCCUAUAACACAAAUACUUUAGGGAAAGCUUCAAGGAAAGUUCCUUCUUCUCUUCUAUCCCCCUGCCCAAAGUGCUGAUGUAGGUAGUAAUGAAGAGUCUGUAUCAAGAAUUUCAGGGCAUACCUGUGAGGCUGUUAAAUAUACUGCCAGCAUAAGUAGUUAGGAAGUUAAAGCAUUUCUCUGACUUAAGUUACCAGCUUAAGUUAAAGAGCACUAGGAAUGGCAAAUGAAUGUUAGGUCAGACUCCACCUAGAGAGCGAGGAAACAGUUUGUCCCUUGUAAAGAAAUGGUGGAGCUGGAAGGUGAAGCCGCACUCAAGCAAAGAGUGCGCCUGCUCAGCCUCAGCGGAGGAUGAAUGGUAGGAGGGGCUAAAGAAGAGAAUGCGUGGUGUGGACCGGGGAGGUUGAAAAUGCUGGGGAUACUAAUGGGAAACAAACUAAAAACUAUUUACAUUAAUUAUUUUGUUAUCUUGUAAUCUUUCUUUUAGGUUUAUAUCUAGACCAUAUGUUCUUAUUAAACAAGUAUAGUUAUACAUUAGGAGGUUAAGAUGAUGAAACCAAAAAAAAUCUUUUUUCAAGAUGUUAACUUCAAAUAUACUACAGAACAUUUUUGUCAACUUCUUAUAUAAUGUUUCAAUAAAAAUAAGCUUAGAUACUAUGUGCCCUUCAUAGUAAUAAAAUUGCAAUCCUGAAGCAUCUAAACAUAUUUAUAUUACAGACUCUUAACUUUAUAAAAUUAUUAAUUUCUCAAAUAGGACAUAUUUGAAUUACAUGUAACUUUUUAGGAAUACCUCUUUGUAUGUCUAAAUAUUUUAGUACAUAAACAUAGCUAAUGGUCUUAGACACUUUGUAUUCAUUAUCUGAACAGUAAUUACAAGAUCAUAUGUAAUAUUAUGAUUAACCAUCAUAAAGUUUGAAGCCUUAAUACCUUUUCUGCUCUUUUAGAUAAACCUAGUGAAUAUUCAAGGCUUUUUGUAAAGUUGAAAUUUAGCUUUUGGAUGUAUUUUUUGAAUAGGAAAACAUUGGGAUAUUCUUUUCUUACUUUUACCUAGAAUGCCUCUGUUUAAAAGUGCCUUGAAAACAUUUUAGGUCCUGUUCUUCAUUAAUACCAAUAGAAGGUGAAGGUUUUCUUCAACUUGAGAAAGUUUGAAAGGAAUCUGUGGCCAGCUGAUCCAUUUCAACUUUGCAUGCUUUCAAAGUAGCUUCCCAUAUACCUGUGAAUAGAAGAAUACUUAUGUGUUUAUUGACAACAUGCUUAAUGUUUCCUUAAAUACAGCAACAAAUUUUUAAAACUGCAUUUAUUGUGUUUUUUAGGUCUUCAUCACAUGUUUUAACUGACUUUUCUUACCUCUGUUUCUCCCACUAGAAAUGGUCCCUAAGCAGGGAUAAGUGUGAUGCUUAAUUUGUCUAGUGUGUAAAAGUGUUGAAAGACGGAGUUCACCUGAAAGAUUCCAUGUCCGAUUUCGACUAUCAAUAUGUUUUCAAACUAAAAGUAUAAUAUUUGGGAAGUUAGUAGCUCCACUAAAAUUUAGACCUUUUACUACCAUUGUAAGCACAAUUUACUUCUGUGUAGAAGUUCUGAUUUAAAAAAUUGUUUUUAAUCAAAAAGCAUAUCCUUUUUAAUAACUAGAUUAAAAAACACUAAAUUUUAAAUCAGUAGGUAUGAUAAAAGCAGUAUAUGAAAGGUUCUUUCCUAUAGUAAAACAUGUCCUUGCUGGAAAGUUUUUCUGUCCCCACCUGUUCCCCUAAUAGUAUCUGAUUAUUACUGAAACUAUAGUGGCACCAAAUCAAGUGGUAAUUCAAAUAAAAUAUCCGUUUACAGAGAAUGCCAUAAAGGAGAGACCUUCAUUAAGAAAUACAAUUUCUAAGGUUUCCGAAAACAAAUUGAAGAGAUGUUAGAAUAUUUGAACAAUUAUUUAUAAAUCACAAUAGCAUUAAAAUGGAGAAGAAAAAUGAAACUUCUGGGAAAAUGAGGUAAAUAUAUAAAUAAACAUAUUUAAAGUUUGUUUCUAUGGAAGCUUCUUUGAAUAUUUUUAAAUCUAUUAUGCAUUCCCCUGAGCCUAUGUUUAUUAUAUUUUAAUAAUCUACAACAUAUAAAAUUACAUAUUUUU